GUUCAAGUUCUAUCUUCUUACGUGCAACUAACCAUGGCAGAGCUCGUCCUUACUUUUGAGACACAUCCUGGGCGUACUCUUACGCUUGCGCUGUUCAGGGACGUUAAGAAUGCAAAGGAGGUCCGCGCAACCAUCGCCGACGCCAGCAAGCCGGAGUUUGCUUACAUGAACGCGAGCCUGAUCGUGGACCCCUUCGUCGUCCAACUAGCAGCCCAAAGAGCCUUGGCAGCCGAAUCGGCAGGCCGGUUAGUCACCAAAUCCCUUCAUACGGAGCUCUUAUACGGCAUCAGCGGGACAAAACAUGUUGUCGAGUCGUUGAAGCGGUUCGGCAUCGCAGACGACACCACGACCCUGCUGCUUGCACGCUUUGACUGCCAACCUGAAGAGCUGGCUGCCGCUCAGUCGCUGAUUGCGGGUGUGCAGGUGCCGCUGUGUGAGCUGCCCUCGCUGACGGACACGGAGCUGGUGGACAAGUGCUACAAGAUAACGCCUGCGGAGCUGCAGGGGGGCCGCAGCCGCACGGAUGCGGUGGUGUUCCGGAUAGGCGCCAAGGAUUGCCUGUGAGGCGCAUAGCGGCGAUAGGUUCAGGGAUGCGAGAUGUCCGUGCUGUGGCAAGGCAUGGUGUCAUGGUCGUUUGAUGUAUGGCCUAAAAGAGAAUCUAGGAGCGGGAAGGUGAGGGCGAGGGUGAGGUAGACAGGGCUAAUCUCGGUGUGGAGGAUGCUAUUGGGCUCUCUAAGAGGAGAAUGCUCGCUUGGUUAGUGCUAGUAUGGCAGGG